AAGAAGAAGGUCAAGAAUUAAUACCCCAUAAAAUCAGCAUUCCACUCUCAACCCCGCAUCAGUUAAACUGUGAAACAAGGAAUAACACGUUACUCACUUCAAAGAUUUAUGCCUUUUGUUUCUCCUCGGAAAUUAUGGAUUCAUCAAACCCCACUGGAAUACUUCAUGAUUUCGCCCCCUUGUUUCGCGUUUACAGAAAUGGCAAGGUAGAGAGGAUCACAGCUGACGCAGAGACUGUACCACCAUCCAGUGACCCUCAUACAGGAGUCCAAUCCAAAGACACUGUGGUCUCACAGGAAAACAGCCUGUCUGUCCGUCUCUUUAUCCCCAAAAUCAAAGAUCCAAGCCAAAAACUCCCUCUCCUGAUAUACAUCCAUGGUGGUGCCUUUUGCUUCGAGUCUCCUUUCUCUUCCAUGUACCAUAACUACCUCACUAAUUUAGCACACCAAGCUAAUGUUAUUGCUGUGUCCGUUCAAUACAGAAGAGCCCCAGAGCACCCUCUCCCUAUAGCAUAUGAUGAUUCAUGGGCUGCGAUCCAGUGGGUUGCUUCACAUGUAAGUGGUGAUGGAGUUGAGUCCUGGCUCAAUAAGCAUGCAGAUUUUGAGAGAACGUUUUUGGCUGGUGAUAGUGCUGGUGCUAACAUUGCACACAACAUGACUGUUAGAGCUGGGGUUAAUGGGCUAUUCGGAGUCAAAACCGUUGGUAUGGUUUUGGCGCACCCGUUUUUUGGUGGCAAAGAGCCUGAUUUUUUUAGUCCUGUGUUAGAGUACAUCUUUCCUGGUGUUAAAAUCUACGAUGAUCCUAGGAUUAAUCCUGCUGGUGCUGGUGGAGUGGAGCUGGCAGGCUUGGGGUGCAGUAGGGUGCUAAUUUUUGUUGCUGGGAAAGAUGGCUUGAGAGAAAGGGGAUACAGUUACUACGACGCAUUGAAGAAGAGUGGGUGGGGUGGAGUGUUGGAGAUUGUCGAGACUGAAGGAGAAGAUCACGUUUUUCACUUGUUUAACCCCAAUUGUGACAAGGCUGCGUUCGUGAUGAAGCAGGUUGUUUCCUUCAUAAAUCCAGUCCAUUAGGUCCAUCAUUUUAUAAGUAUAUUCCUUUUACUUUCACAGCACGUCCGACUGUUAGAUCCGCAUGCUUGUAGAUCCAUGGUUCACGCAAAGCUUUGGCCAAGCCAUGUCCAUGAUCAUUAGAUGCAAUUCUUGUUGGAUGUAAUGGAUUAUAUGGAAUGUAAUAAUUCACUUUUAUGUUUGGCUGUA